AUGGCCAUACCGGAGACCCGGCGUAAAUUUCCUGGACACCAGCUGCUGAGCAGAUUCAACAACGUCUUGCACCAGUACGAGAUCUGUCAUCGACAGUUCCCAGAUGGCAGGUCAAGCGGACUUCUACCUGACUGGCUGGACAUCACGGGCACGAAUGCAAAAUUCGGUGGUUGGAACACUACUCCUUCCAACGCGUUCUGGUCUUCCGGCGACUUAGAUCCGUGGCGGUCGCAAACAGUCUUCUCGGAGCAGCCAUCUUCGCCGCAGUACAAGAUCACACAGAACAUACGAGCCUGCGGCCAGUCGAGCCGAAAUGCCAAAGACGAGAUAUUUGGCCCCCUAUGUCGCAGCACGCUUUUGAUUUCGUUCCAUCGCUUUAGGCCAGUUCACAGGCGCAGGAUCUUUGGGCGUGAGCGCUGGAAAAAUGGUUGCGAUGCUGGAAGCCUUUGGCAAACGGAGAGUAGGAAGAGGAGGGUGAGCCAGAAAGUAGCAAUUUACUAA